AUGGCUGAUUUCCCUGCUACGGAUAACGGGAAGAUCUCGUUCAAGAACCGCGUCGUGGUUGUCACCGGUGCCGGUGGCGGUCUCGGCAAGACAUAUGCCCUCUUCUUCGCCUCGCGCGGCGCCAAGGUCCUUGUGAACGACCUCGGUCCUGCCGCCGACGACAAGAACAAGAAGGCUGCCGAUGUUGUCGUCGAGGAGAUCACCAAGGCUGGUGGUGAGGCUAUCGCCAACUACGACUCGAACGUCGAGGGCGAGAAGAUCAUCAAGCAGGUGAUCGACAAGUGGGGCCGCAUUGACAUCCUCAUCAAUAACGCUGGUAUCCUCCGCGACAAGUCCUUCAAGUCGAUGACCGACAAGGAGUGGGAUGCCGUCCAGGCCGUCCACGUCUUUGGCUCGUUCGCCUGUACCCGUGCCGCCUGGCCCUACUUCCGCCAGCAGAAGUUCGGCCGUGUGGUCAACACCUCGUCGGCUGCCGGUCUCUACGGUAACUUCGGCCAGGCCAACUACUCGUCGGCCAAGCUUGCCCUGGUUGCCUUCUCGAAGACGCUCUCCAUCGAGGGUGAGAAGUACAACAUCAUCGCGAACUCGAUCGCCCCUGUCGCUGCCUCCAAGAUGACCGAGACGGUGAUGCCCCCGGAGAUGCUCGAGAACCUCAAGCCCGAGUUCGUCGUUCCCCUCGUCGCCUACCUCGUCUCGGCCCAGAACGAGAGCGUUCGUGGUGAGGUGUUCGAGUGCGGUGCCGGCUUCUACGCCAUGCUCCGCCGCGAGCGCUCGCACGGUCACGUCUUCCGCGCCGACAAGACCUUCACCCCCGAGGCUGUCCGCGAGAAGAUCGACGACAUCCUCGACUUCGAGACCAACCCCGAGUACCCCCAGCGCAUCACCGACGCCAACUACCUUGAGCUCCUCGAGCGCGCCAAGGAGGCGCCUGAGAACCCCCAGGGCGAUGCGCCGGUCAGCUUCAAGGACCAGACCGUGCUCAUCACUGGUGCUGGUGCCGGUCUCGGUCGCGCCUACGCCCUCCUCUUUAGCCGCCUCGGUGCGAACGUCGUCGUGAACGACUUCAGCGAGAAGAACGCCAACGCCGUCAUUGACGAGAUCAAGAAGAACGGCGGCAAGGCCACUGCCAGCAUCGGCUCCGUUGAGGACGGUGACAAGCUCGUCAAGGACGCCACCGACGCCUUCGGCGGCCUUCACGUCGUUGUGAACAACGCCGGUAUCCUCCGCGACAAGUCGUUCGCCGGUGCCACUGCCGAGGACUGGAAUGCGGUCCAGAACGUGCACCUGCGCGGUACCUACAAGGUCUGCAAGGCUGCCUGGCCCAUCUUCCAGCAGCAGAAGUACGGUCGCAUCAUCAACACCACUUCGGCUGUCGGUAUCUACGGCAACUUUGGUCAGGCCAACUACUCGACCGCCAAGUCGGGUAUCCUUGGUCUCACCCAGACGCUCGCCGUUGAGGGUGCCAAGUACAACAUUCUGGCCAACACCAUCGCCCCCAACGCUGGUACCGCCAUGACCUCGACCAUCUGGCCGCAGGAGAUGGUCGACGCCUUCAAGCCCGAGUACGUUGCCCCGGUCGUUGCCUACCUCGGUAGCAAGGACAACACCGAGGUCACUCGCGCCCUCUUUGAGGUUUCGGGUGGCUGGGUCGCCGCUGUCCGCUGGGAGCGUUCGGGCGGUAAGGCCUUCAACACUGCCAAGGGCGUCACCCCUGAGCAGAUCGAGAAGAACUGGAGCAAGAUCAGCGACUUCGACCCUGAGCGUGCCUCGUGGCCCACGAGCCCCAGCGAGUCGCUCGGUGACAUUGUUGCCAACUUUGGCGCUGAGGACGACGACGACGACGAGGGCGCCGAGGGCGACGACGAGUUCGCCGACCCCGCCGACCCCGCCAUCGUCAAGGAGGCCAAGGCUGAGCGCCCUGAGCCCACCGAGUUCUCGUACGGCAACCGUGACGUGAUCCUGUACAACCUUGGUAUCGGUGCCAAGGCCAACGAGCUCGACUACGUCUACGAGCAGGCCGAAAACUUCCAGGCGCUGCCCACUUGGGGUGUCAUUCCCCAGUUCAUGGCUGGCUCGAGCCUGAACCUGGACUUCCUGCCCAACUUCAGCCCCAUGAUGCUCCUGCACGGUGAGCAGUACCUUGCCAUCAAGGGCCCCAUCCCCACGGAGGGCAACCUCGUCAACACUCCCCGCAUCAUCGAGGUGCUCGACAAGGGCAAGGCUGCUGCCGUCACUUCGCGCACCAUCUCGGUCAACAAGGAGACCGGUGAGGAGGUCUUUGAGAACCAGAGCACCCUCUUCAUCCGUGGCUCGGGUGGCUUCGAGGGCAAGAAGACCGGCAGCGACCGUGGCGCCGCCACCGCCGCCAACAAGCCCCCGUCGCGCGCCGCCGACAAGGUCAUCAAGGAGAAGACCGACGAGUCGCAGGCUGCUCUCUACCGCCUCAGCGGUGACUACAACCCGCUGCACGUGGACCCCAACUUUGCGUCGGUGGGUGGCUUCGACAAGCCCAUCCUCCACGGUCUCUGCUCGUUCGGUAUCUCGGGCAAGCACGUGUACAACGCCUACGGUCCCUACAAGGACAUCAAGGUGCGCUUCACGGGCCACGUCUUCCCUGGCGAGACUCUCGAGACCCACAUGUGGAAGGAGGGCAACAAGGUCAUCUUUGUGACCAAGGUCGUCGAGCGCGACACCCAGGCCCUCGGCGCUGCUGCCGUCACCCUGGCCGACAACUAA